UGAGGAAAGAUUGGACUGGGCUUGUAUUCACUGGAAUUUAGAAGGAUGAGAGGGGAUCUUAUAGAAACAUAUAAUGUUAUAAAAAGAAUGGACAAGCUAGAUGCAGGAAAAAUGCUCCCAAUGUUGGGAGAGUCCAGAACCAGGGGCCACAGUCUAAGAAUUAAAGGGAAGCCAUUUAAAACUGAGCUGAGAAUAAACUUUUUUCACCCAGAGAGUUGUGAAUUUGUGGAAUUCUCUGCCACAGAAGGCAGUAGAGGCCAAUUCACUGGAUGAAUUUAAAAGAGAUUUAGAUAGAGCUCUAGGGGCUAGCGGAAUCAAGGCAGGCACAGGUUACUGAUCGUGGAUGAUCAGCCAUGAUCACAAUGAAUGGCCAAAUGGCCUCCUCCUGCACCUAUUUUCUAUGUAAUAAAAUGAUGUACCUGUGGAAAGGAGAUGAGGAAUUUCUUUACCCAGAGGGUGGUGAAUCCGUGGAAUUCAUUGACACAGACGGCUGUCAAGGUUGUUUUUUGGGUAAAUUCGGGUAUUUUCAAAGCAGAGAUUGAUAGGUUCUUGAUUAGUAAGGGCAUCAAAUGUUAUGGGGAGAAGGCAGGAGAAUGGGAUUGAGAGGAAAAAUAUAGUUUUCAUGAUUGUAGACUCGAUGGAGCGAAUGGCCUAAUUCUGGUCUUAUAUCUUUAGGAAAUUAUGAAAAUGACCACAAACUAUAUAAUUAUAAAUUAUAUAGAAUUAUAUCUAUAAAUUGGUGAUAUUUAUAUUCAUGUCUUCAGAUCAAUAGUCAAGGACUCUUCUCAUUGGUUCUGUAAUUUAUUCUGCUACAGUGUCCCCUAUUUGUGUAUUAAAAUAACAUUAUGAUAAGUCUGAAUAAGGGUCCCAACCUGAAAUGGGGCCUAUCCAAGUCCUGCAGAGAUACUGCCUGACCUGCUGAGUUACUCCAGCAUUUUUGUGUCUCAUUCUGAUAACAUGGUUCUGAUCAUUAUGUGUGGGGAAAAAAUAAAUCAAAAACUUGUUUGACUUGUUCAAUACAUGUGUAUUUUUUAUUAGGAUGUUUAUAGUAAAGUCUUGGCAUAAUGUUAUUGAGUCUUAAGUUUGCUCCUUAGAUAACAAUUAAAAUAAAUACAAAUCUCAUCACCAGUUUCCUUCUUCAUCCCACCAUUUCAAGGUAACAGGAUUUUGAUGCAGCUAAACUUGUAGCACAAAAAAGAAUGUUGAUCCAGAGCUUUUUGGCACAUUUGCCAUUGUAUGAUAUCCAUGAAAGAAAAUACAAGGUCUGCUUUUGUUCUAUAAAUAUCUACGAAACACUCCUUCACCAGCUUUAAUGUAACACAAUCAACAAGGCUUAUCUUUACAAAGACAAAGCCAACACUUGCAUUGCAUUCCUUCAGUCCUCGACAAAGCCAGAUCAAUCAUGGAAGCUGUCUCAACUUUUUUUGUCUCUCCUUUUCUCUUUUUGUUAAUUUGCGCGCUUCCAGUGGAGCAGAACAUCGGGGAAGUGGAUGAAAAUGUGGUAGAAUCGGCCACCAUCCAGUCAAAUGGUUUUUCUAACUUGCAUUUGGCUGAAGCACAAGAAAACUGCUCUGCUGAUAGCAUGUCAACGUGUGACACGGACUCUCUCUCUGCACCAGGAGCAGGAGCAAGAUUGUUACAACCAUCAAGCGAGGACAGUAAAAUUACCCAGAGCAAGCUCUCUUCUGACGGAGAACCAGCAAACGCAAACCUACGUGAAGAGUGGGAUACGAGGUCUCCGCCAAGAAGUCCGAGUGCUUUUAAAGAGCCAGUGUGCAGGCUGCAAAGUGAUGAGCAAAGCAUGAAUUACCUGGAAGUGAUCGGUGCCACGACUGGAUAUGAACGCCGUUUCAUUGAAGAUGUGGCUUUGUACAAUGACAGCCAUGCGGCCACGUUUGGGAUCUGUUCUGGUGCAAAGCAAAGGCACAGUGCUCUCCUCCUUCUGAGAAAUUUGGCAUUUCAUUUAAAAUCUGCUGCAGAAAUGGUGAGGCUGAUGGUUCUGCAUCUUUCUGAAGUAAACUGGAAAGGAUACAACCUGCAGCUCCAAUUUAAGAUGGCAUCAGAAAGGAACCUUCUUCGGCUGAUAGAGGAAUCAGAGAUGUCUCUGCUGGUGUUUUAUAUUGGACCAAGCCAAGGAGAUAUCUUUGAAAAUGAAAAUGUAUUCCGAUUCCAUGAAGUCCAUUUGGAGAAACAUCAGUCUGUUUGCUUUAAUGAAGAGACAAAAUACGUCAUUCUGAGCAUUCGAGGAGUGGCUGGCAAAUGUGAAGAAGGGCUGCUGUGUAUUGAUGUAUCUCUAAACAUCAGACGUCACUCAAAUGGUGCUCUAAUGAGGAGAGAUGAGCUCCAGUCGUUGCUGUUUGGCUUUGAUGAGAAACGCUUCACAAGGAUGACUCCAGCCUUGUUUUUUCUGAUCAAAGAGUUGAAGAACAAACUGAUGGAGCCAAGCUGCACCUCAGUCCAGGAAGCAGAGCCACAUCCAGCCAUCACCGAUGAAAUCUCCAAGGUGGUUAAAAGAUCGGAGAGUGAUUAUUUGGAAACGUUGGAUGUUCCAAUUCAUUCAACAUCUUCAAGCCAUGGGUCCCCACGCGCAUUCUUGCAACAACUCAACAGAUUUCUGAAUGUAGUAUUAGAUUACUCCACCGACCAAAAUUCCCGAUCUGUGCUUCACCUGGACAAAGAAACCAUCGAAAGCCUUCCCCAUCACUCGCUGAAUAUUUCAAACGCCUACGUCCUGGAGCUGUUGGUUCAGUCAGAAGAACCUCUGGUAUUUCUGUUGCCGGAGAAUGCGGAGAACUUUCUCCAGCAGAUCAUAGAACACGGAAACGUCGGGGAAACCGAGGAAAAGAUACAGCAGCUUUUCCUCACCAAACUGAAAAACACCGUCAGAAAAGUGUUGGAAAUACCCAUUUUCCAGAAUGAGAAGGUCCUGAAAAAGCUGAUUCAUCUUCUGAACGAGUGCAACUAUCCCUUUCCACUUCCCGAGUUCCCCCAAGUCAGCAUUUUGCCACAAGAUGACCAAAAGAAGGGAAAUAGCAGGCAAAAGACCUACUAUACCUUCUUGUUGCUGAAGACUUUGCAAACAGUGAAGACCUUUUGGGAGAAGAGGCAGAAACUUUUUCGGCAAAAUAGGAGUGCGACCAACCGAUCCAUCUGCAAAUUGGAGGAACUCAGCAUUGACUUUGAGCGUCUGUCAUACGACUGGAUCUUGGUCCCGAAGUUGUACAAUAUACAUAAUUGUGUUGGCUCUUGCAGGAUUCCCUUAACAGGGAAUGUAUCUAAUCAUGUUGUCUUACUCAUUAAAAUGCAGGAACAAGGGCUUCCAACAAAACGGGAACCAUGUUGCGUUCCGGUGGAGUAUUCUGAACUUCUGCUGGCCGUGGUCAAUGAUCAAAGUAGCAUGAUCACUGUGUAUAAGAACAUGGUGGCAGAGGAAUGUAAGUGUAGAUGACCCAGGCGUGCAGCCAUCUCAGGAGUCAAAUAUCGUCAGGAAGGACCAACAUAUAACUUAGAACAAAGAACAGUGCAGCGCAGGAACAGGCCCUUCAGCGCACAAUGUCCAUGCCCAACAUGAUGCCAAGUUAAACUAAUCUCCCAUGCCUGCACGUGAUCCUUUUCCUUAUAUUGCCUGCCAUAUCCAUGCGCCUACUUAAAAACAUUACUCUGACAUAGAAGGUUCUCGACACAAAACGUCACCUAUGAACGUCACAGUAUGUUCUCCAGAGAUGUUUGCUGCCUGACCUGCUGAGUUACUCCAGGACUCUGUGUCCUUCUGCCUACUUAAAAGUCUCUUAAAUGCCACAAUCAUAUAUGCCUCCACCACCACCCCUGGCAGAAUGUUCCAGGCACGUACCACUCUCUGUGCAAAAAUUCUUGGCCCACACAUAUCCUUUAAAUUUUCCCCUUCCACCUAACAGCUAUGCUAGUCGUGAUAUUUCCACCCUGGGGGAAAAGGUUCUGACUACCCUAUCUAUGCCCCUCAUAAUUUUAGAUACUUCUAUCAGGUCUCCCUCUAUCAGGUCUCCCCUCAGCGUCCGUCGCUCCAGACUAAACAAUGGAGUUUGUCGAACCUCUCCUUAUAGUUAAUACUCUCUAAUCCAUGAAUAUUUGUGGUUACACAUUUCGUAGCAAAAUCAUGUGUCAGCAUGAACAGAUUCUGUAACCGAUUCGAUUUACUUCAUCUGUUUUCAAAUGACCCAGAAAUGCAAAAUUCAAAUAUGUCAUAAAUCCCCAAUGAAAAUUGUUGGAGUAAGCGAAUCUGUCUCUCAUUUGGUUUAGUUAUUUUUUUAAACAAAAUACUUAUAUAUUCUCUUUGGAAAGUAAGCUGCAACAAUCUGUUACAUACAACAUGCUAAUGAGAAGUUUUUAAUUACUACUUGAGCCAUAAUCAAACCAAUACAAUGAUGAUCAGAAUUCUCAAAACCAAUGAGAAUCAAAUCAAUUUAUUUCCAUUUGCUGAAAAGUACAUGACUAGUCUGAAGAAAGGUCCCAACCAGGAACUCCACCUAUUCAUGUCCUCCAGAGAUGAUGCUUGCCCCGCUGAGUUACUCGAGUACUUUGUGUUUUACUCAAGGGUGCAUGACUAGUUGCAGGCAAGAACGUUUCAAUUCCUAAGAAAAUUUGCAGGAGGUAGGUGUGUGUGAGUGUGUGCAUGCGUGCAUGUGUAUGUGUUUGUCUAAUUCACAUACAAUAAGGCUCAACUGAAUACUUUAAUAAAUGGCUUGUUGAAACCUACAAAAAUCAAAGGAGAAUUUUGCUUGAUUAGAAUAAUAUCCUUAAUGUUGGAUUGAACCUGACUGCCUGAGUGGAAAGUUGAUAGCAGUUGGUGUCACCUUGCAUGCAAUCCAUUAAGAAGUAGCUCAGAGCAAAGGAUUUGAACAUAUGACGAUAUUUUAACUGAAAAUACACAUUAGCAAUCAGUUAUGGGCUAAAUGUAUUUUAUGUACUUGUAUAUCAUGUAAUCGCUCUGCAAUUUCAUGGCGUAUUUAUUGGCGUAUGAAUUGCGGAACAAUUUAUUUUAAAUUAAGUAUUCAUAUUAAUCAGCUUUCUUUUCUGAACUAGCCCGUGGAUUCUCUUCCAAUAAGGUGUAAUUUAAGAGAACACCAUUGAAUCUAUGAGAUGCUAUUCAAUAAUAUCCUUGAAAUAGAAUGAAGGUGGAAAACUAUAAUACGAGUUUGUGAUCUUGUCACUCCCUUCAUGAGAAGGCAACUUAAUGAGAUGCCUUCUGCCAGGAGAGAAAGUGUUGCUCUUUGCUGCUCUCCAGUGAUCAUCUCAGGAUGAGUAAUUACAGACAUCACUCAAGAAAGGAAGAGAACAAUAGUUUAAGUUGGGAAAAGUUUCUUAAAUAUUCUACAGAAGACAAUAUGACCUUCUGCUAAUGAUACCAGACACUCUCUUAUUCUCUGUUGUUAUAUUUGCCUUGUAUUUUACAUUAUCAUCCAAUAAU